UACACCCAGAACCAGAAACACAACAGGGAAAGUUCUUCUAGUUUUUCAGGUUCUGGAAAAGAAAAAUGUUUUUUCCAAAACUAGCUAUCAUCAUCACUGCACUUGCAUUAGUCCCUUUGAUUUUCAUCAAUGAAUCUGAUAGUGCUGAGGUUACACCCUUUGCUUCUCAGAAAGUUAACCUUUCAGUGUACUAUGCAAGCCUAAGCCAACCUUGUGCAACUUUCAUUGUUAAGAAUCUGGAGGAAAUUUUCCACAGGGAUCUCAUCAACAUUCUCAACCUUCAGCUAGUUCCUUGGGCCAAUGCUUAUGUCGAUAAGACUAAUCAUUCUAUAAUAUGCCAGAAUGGCCCUGAUGAAUGCGAGCUAAAUUCGUUGGAAGCAUGUGCUCUCAACGUUUUGGAUGAUGUGAACAAACAUUAUGCUUUGAUUUACUGCUUUGAGUUUCUGGCAAUUGAGGGAAGGCACAAGAAUUGGCAGGACUGUUUCAGCCAAUUGGACUUGCCUUUGGAACCUAUUCUGAGCUGCUAUAACAGAGGAAAUGGAACAGAGCUUGGACAAAAAUAUAUCAACGAAACAACUCUCUUUUACACACCCCACGAAUUUCUGCCUUGGGUGGUAGUUAACAAUCAAUCUAUUGGAAAGGAAUAUGAAAAUUUUACACGCUAUGUUUGUGAGGCUUAUAAAGGCAUUCCGGCUCCAGCAGCAUGCAACCGUCGCUAGGAAUUGAUGAAGUCCAAAUAAACUAUAAAGUGUGUAUAUGCAUGGCUUUAUAAACAUGAGAAGAAUAUUUUGGUGAAAGCUCUUCAGGAAAAACACAACCUGGUAGAACAACUUAUAUUUACACUAGUCAUCAAGGCAGUGAUGAAGUCACCUUAUAUGUACAUGAUUCACAAAAGGGAAAAAAAAUUAAAGCAAAUACCCAAAUAAUUUUAAUACAUAUGUUGCUAUAUGCACGUUUUAUGUUA